ACUGCAGCGAGUAAAAUUUCAGGAUUACUAGCUUUCAGACAGACGGCUUUAGGGACACCUGACACUAACAAGUACGACUGGGCAGAAAGAUCCCUCCUGAAUGAAGCCAGAUGGGACACUCUCUGGUGAUCUUAGGGUGAGAUGAAAAAUCUCUAAGAGGGGCCUCGAGGUCAAGAGAAAAUACAGUUGGACACAAAAGGAUGUGCAGAAAAGAAGUGAAGACGAGAAAGACAAACAAAAAGAAACAAAGCCAGAGACUGAAUGGACUACAAAGAGAAAAACACCAGAACAGGAGGACAAAAAGAAAAGGAAAGUUGGGCGCCCACACCAGCUCAAGCCGCAAGUGAGGACUUGCGGAGGGACGGAGACUACAGCCCCCAAAAUCCCUUGCGGCACCUCCUCGUGGGGCGUCAGUCUCCUAGGCAACCGGGUAAACAAGAUGGCGACCUCCGGGAGAGAUCCCCAGUUGCCAAAGCCCUCCUCUCUCCAGGGAGGUUCGGGCAGUUCACGAAUUGGAGCCCAGUCGAAACUGUUGCACUCAGAAAAGGAACGUCAGUGUUGCUGGUCUCCUUUUCCCAUGGGGCAGAGGUCGAAAGAUACUUUCCGCAGAGCCUCCUCCUACCUGUUCCAGCAGCUCAUUCACCGCUAUCAGGAGUCAGACGUGGACAGAGAGGAGUACCAGGGCGAGGAAGAGGAAGAGGACGAGGGCGAAGGCGAGGGAGAGGGCGAGGGUGAAGUGGAAUCCGAGGAAUCCUCAGAGUCAGAAAUGCUGGAUUUGGAGGAGGAAUUUGAUGGGGUCCUGAGAGAGGAGGUUGUGGCUGAGAAACUCUACCAGCUGGGGCGCUCGGGCUCCGGGACUGAGCAGGUCUACCUCAGUCUAACGUUAUCAGGUCUCGAUUUAAUUGAUAUUAGCAUCCUCUGUGGAUACGUUCACCUACACAAGUUGGAUCUUUCAGUAAAUAAAAUUGAAGUGAAGUAUUACAGACUGCUCUCUUUCUCUCAUCAGAAGGUGGAUUUUUCCUGCAACCAAAUUUCUGCAAUGUGUGAUCUGUCAGCAUACCAGGCUCUCACGAAACUAAUUCUGGACAGCAACGAGAUAACCCACAUCAUUGGGCUAGAUCAGUGCAGCAGCCUCACCCACCUCAGCCUGGCCAGGAACAAGCUCACAGCCAUCGGUGGUUUAGGCAUGCUGCCGAUCAAAAUACUUUCCCUGAGCAAUAACCAGAUUGAGAAGAUCACAGGUUUGGAUGACCUAAGAGCCCUGCAGAUCCUGGAUCUGUCCCACAAUCGGAUCAGUAGCCUCCAAGGGUUAGAGAAUCAUGACUUCUUGGAGGUGAUCAACCUGGAGGAUAAUAAGAUUGCUGAGCUGAGUGAAAUUGAAUACAUUGAAAACCUACCUCUCCUUCGGGUGCUCAAUCUUCUAAGAAAUCCAAUUCAGGAAGAAUCUGACUAUUGGCCCUUCGUAAUUUUUAUGCUCCUUCGAUUAACAGAAUUAGAUCAGAAGAAGAUUAAAGUGGAAGAAAAGGUUAUGGCCGUGAAUAAAUACAAGCCGCCCCCCGAGGUGGUCGCAGCCCAAGAUCACAUGAUCCACGUUGUCAACAGCUUGAUGCAGCCACAGAGGAUCUUUGACAGCACCCUUCCGAGUUUGGAUGCCCCGUAUCCCAUUCUGGUGUUGGCUGGUCCUCAAGCGUGUGGUAAACGAGAGCUCGCUCAUCGCCUCUGCAGGCAGUUUAGCACUUACUUCAGAUACGGGCCCUUUCACACCACAAGACCACCUUACUUUGGAGAAGGAGAUCGAGUUGAUUAUCAUUUCAUCUCUCAAGAAGUUUUUGAUGAAAUGUUCAACAUGGGGAAAUUCAUUCUAACCUUUAAUUACGGUAAUCACAAGUAUGGAUUAAGUCGCGACACCAUAGAAGGUAUCGCAAGAGAUGGUUUAGCAAGCUGUGUUCAUAUGGAAAUAGAAGGUGUAAGAAGUUUAAAACAUUCCUAUUUUGAGCCUCGAUAUAUCCUGGUGGUACCCAUGAACAAGAAAAAAUAUGAGGGCUACUUGAGGAGAAAAGGAUUAUUCAGUCGUGUAGAGAUUGAAUUUGCUGUCUCCAGAGUGGACCUUUAUGUUAAAAUUAGUCAGGACUUCCCAGGAUAUUUUGAUGCAGUAAUCAAUGCAGAUGACCUGGAUGUUGCCUACCAAAGGCUGAGUGAGCUCAUUCGAGAGUACCUAGGGUUGUCGGAGGAAACUGCCAAGACUUUGGCUCCAACUGCAGAUAUUAAACAACCUCAGCUGAAAUCUGAAAAGUCUCCUAGGAAGUUUAGAGGUUCGAGUGACUGGGAGUGCCUGAAUUCUACAGACAGAAACUACUUUGUGAAAUUAUGGGCCAAACUUUCAGGCAAAAAAACGUCAGUGGAAAGAGAGUCUGUGGUGAGACAGUAUGAGGUAGCCCGGCAGGCUCUAAUGGGAAAGACACCGCCUCGUCAUACACUUCUAUUUCAAAGGGGUCUAGUACCAGCACCCACCAUCUGUAGUCUACAUUAUUUUGCAGCUUUAGAACUAAAGAAAAGUUUUGAGCUUUGUGAAGAUUAUUUUAAAACUCCCUUUGGACCUCCUGAAAAGAGUGACAAGGACUCCAAUGGUACCAUGAAACAUUCUGUACUAUUUCAGCCUUGUUCAUGGUCCAAAGAUCUGCCUUUCCGGCCUCCAGAGGACAGUAUUUAUUCACACUCAAGAUCAGUAACAAGUGAUACUCAGGAUCAGGCCCUAAAAGCACUAGAUAAACAGUCAUUUCCAUGUGACAAAGGAUCCUUCCAACACAGAAGACACACAAUCACACUCAUCAGUCGCCCAGGUUCCAAUACGAAACCCACCCUCCCUCCAAUCCCUCAGGGCCGCAAGUAGACCCGUGCUUGACAUCUGAUCUUAACAUGGAAAACUUGCUCUGAUCAUGUCCAGUGCCUUUGUCUUACCUGACCGUGGAUCCUGGCUUUUCUUCACUCAACCAACUACCUAUGAAAGAAUGUUCUAAAUGCCUUAAACCCCUCAAUCAAUUUCUUUUGUGAUUCUCUGAAUAGUGCCUAUCUUUCUAAAAUGUUAGUUAUUCUUAGCUUUUAUAAAUGUGAUUUCAGUUUUUCCCACAGCUAUUAAUGACUCUUCCAGCUGCUUCCUUCUCUGAAAUAUCAGAUGGCAAAAUCUCUCAAGAUCUCAGCAUUGCUAUGUGCGUAGUGAUUUUUGAUAUAGCCAAUGGGAGUUGUGAUUUUGAAAUUUCAAUGUGUCCGUUUAUAACAUCAGUGUAUCCUUUAGGGGAUUGAAAUGUUUUAUUCUUCUGAUUAUGAAAGGAAUGUGGAGUUCCAUUUAACUUGUAACCAACAUGAUGUCUCAACCUGCUUUAGCAAUAUGAAGGAAUAAAGAGUAUGCGGUAUUUCCUUUAUUUCA